AUGGUCGCUGAUGGGUUGACGGUGCACGGUCCCUCUGGUCCUCUGGUUGCUCCUCUGGGAUCUUCAGUGGUUUUGCGCUGUUAUGUUGAUGAACUCUUAUCAAUGAAGGAUCUGGAGGUGGAAUGGAGAAGGGCAGGCUCAGAGACUCUGGUUCAUCUGUAUCAAGAUGGUGAGAGUCGACCAGAGUCCCAGCAUCAGGAUUAUCAUGAUAGAGCUCAUUUCUUUACUGAUCAGAUUCAACAUGGCAACUUCUCCCUCCGUCUGGACAAUCUGACAGCUGAAGAUGAGGGAAAAUACACAUGUAGAGUUUACAUUCAGCAGGAUUAUGGAGAAACUGUGGUUGAAAUAAAGCAUGAGCUUUUGCUAGUAUCAGGAUCAGAUCGGUCUGUGUAUGCAUAUGUGGGUGAGGACGUCACUCUGAACUGCUCCGUGGACUCUCACAUCACACCUGAACACAUUGAAGAGGUUUCAUGGAUAAGAACAGAUGGAAAUAUUCCAGUUCUGCUCUUCGAAAACAAUGAGACUUUAUCAGAUUCAUCACAUGAACAAUACAGAGAUAGAGCUGAGUUAUUCACUGCAGAAAUCCCCAAAGGAAACUUCUCUCUCAGACUGAAGAGUGUCAGAACUGAGGAUAAAGGAGUUUACAUGUGUAAAGUGUUUGCUGGAGGACUUUCAGCCAAUGCAACUGUAGUUCUGGAGCAACUGGGUUUCUCUUCUCGGCACAUAGCCGUGUUGUUCUUCUGUUUCGCUGCUGGCUCUGGAGCUGUGCUUCUGCUCUUCUCUCUGAUCUACUGCAGAUCAAAUAACACUGUUUCAACCAGCAACAAAAUCUGGAACCUUCAGCUUUCUCUGGUCUUUUGUCCAAACAUCUGUAUGUUCUUGGCCUUCAUCCUCUGGGGCUUUACUGAAGGAUCUCUGAGUGAGACCAUCGCUUGCUCUGCUCUUUAUUUUCUAAGGCCUGUUAUGUUGAUUUGGGCCAUGUCGUAUUUAAAGUAUCUUCAAGACAUCCUUAAAACAUGGAUAAAUUUUUUUACAAUAUCCAGAGAAGUUACUAUUUUUACAAUUGUUUUUUAUUCAGUUAUUUUUACAUAUGGCUGGAGAAAGAGAGCACAUGAUGCUAGCAUUAUACCUCGUGUAUACUCUGGAGUGUUCUUUGGAAUUGUUGUGCUGGCCUGUCUCAUCUUGAGUAGAGGUAAGAGCUUCAGUAUGAUUUGAUUCCUUACAUUGUUAAAGAUGGGUGACCGGCUAAGUAAAUAAGCACAGAUUUAUUAGGUUGAUAAGUUUAUUACCAAUGGUUUUGUUCAUUUACAUUUUUUAAUUCUACUAUUAUCAAAAAUGAUAAUCAAAUAAAUACAGAAGAUGCAGACAGUUUCCUUUUAGGCCUAACUGUGUUUGGUUUUGUUUGGUAGGUAUGAUUUUUAGUUGAUGUCUUAAGGCUUCCAAGUCAAGAGUGGUGAACACAUUCUUUUUUUUUUUACCCCAAUAUGAGUUAUUGGAGUUGCAAAGUACUAUUAAUUCUCGAAACAUGGAGUUUAAUAAAAAAGCAUGUGUUACUGUAUUAAUAAAGCACAAAAAUAAAUGAAAACAAAAAUAAAUCUGGAAUAUUUUCUGUUCUUUACCAUUAUCACCCUCUGCUACUUAAACCAGCAACAGGAGCAUUAUGUAAUCAUGUAACAUCAUCAGGGCCGAGACCUUUAUCUUG